UAGUUAAAUGUUUGAGUUUUCCCUCCAAUCUGCCAGUCUGGGGAGGCAGACGAGGCUGAGGCUGCUCUCCUUUAGGGCACCGUCCCCUCAUCAUCCCCAACCCUCGAUCCUCCCGGAGCCGGACCAGGACCAGGGAACGCAGGAACGAAAGGAGAGGAGGACUCUCUCUUUCCAUCUCUAUCCAUCCCUUCACCGUGGAAGUACGCCGUCUGUCCCUGACCCCCCGUAUCCCUGGCCGAUGUCCGCAGCCCGGCGCUGAAGCCUGAACGCUGGGCUCCCGCCGGCAGCCCAGAUGCAUCUGCGACUCUGCGCGGUGGUGAUGUCCUUGCUGUGCGAGGUGAUCCGGACGGGCUACGGCGCACUGCAGAAGCAGAGCGGCGCUCACAGGGAGACGCCAGGCGACUGCCGGACUUGUCUGGAGUGUUCCCGUGACAACGGCUGCGUGCGUUGCCCCGAGCGACUCUUCCUGUUCCUGCAGAGGGAGGGGAUGUCUCACCACGGCACGUGUCUCCACGCCUGUCCGGCCGGCCACUACGGCCAGCGGGGCCGCGACAUCAACCGCUGCAUGAAGUGCCGCUCACCGGACUGCGAGCAGUGUUUCAGCCGGGACUUCUGCACCAGGUGUAAACCCGGAUUCAAGCUGUACAAGGGUCGGUGUCUGAGCAGCUGCCCGGCAGGAACCUUCGCCCACCAGACCGACUGCCUCGAGAACUGCCCCGUGGCGCCGCAGGGCGAGUGGGGCGAGUGGAGCGAGUGGAGCGUCUGCGCCCGGGACGGCGCCACCUGUGGGUUCCGGUGGGGCCGGCAGACCCGGUUCCGGGCCGUCAGCCAACCCGGGAGGACGCCCGAGGGCGAGGAGGCCCCGGCACCCUGCCCGACGUCCCACGGAGAGACACAGAGGUGCAGGAUGAAGAAGAAGUGCCCCAAAGAAAGAAGACGGAAUAAAAAAACAGGACUUGGCAGGAAGAGGGAGAGGAAAAGAAUACGACUCCUGGCCGGCGUCGGUUCUGGAAACUCGCCCAACGGAACCACGGACACCAGCGGAGGAGACGGUUCCGUUCUCCGUUCAGAACCACCUGAAACACAAAAGUAAACAGAACCAGCUGCAGGAUAUGGACAAACAGGUCUGGACCCGUCCGUCGUCUCCGGCCCGGUGACACUGGUGAACUCAAGCCCCUGGACCUGCAGCCUCAAGCCUGAAUUCUGGUUCUGUGUUAAAUCUACACCGUAGCCUGACGUACCUCCCAAAAACUGGAACUACGACCAACGCAGACCGAGAGGCUGUGAUUGGUUCGCUUGGUAGCAACGCAUUUCUUGUUCGUGAAGCAGUCGUGAACUUUCAGCGCUCCUUUCUUCGUGUGUGUGAGAUUAUUUUUGGUUUGGUUUUUUGCACAAUAGUUGUCCUUAUCUACGGUGGCCGAGACCCGCUAUUGCUGAAAAUAAAAGUAACGCUGCAAACAGAAACGAACGCUGGUGCAAAUUAAAUAAUAAACGACGUAAAUAAAAAAGCCACAACGGAAGUGAAUUACCGGGGACUAUUUUUGCUGAUGCACCGGUGUUUUUUACGUGAGAGAAGAAGAAGACGAAGAGGACGUAAGUGAAAAGGAAGAAAUAAGAAGAGCGAGGAAUAAGAAGAAUAAGAAGAACAACGAACGAGAAAAUAAGUGAAAAGGUUCGUGUUCAACGUCGCUACGUGUAAUUUUUUUCGUCUUCUUCUGCUCUCACAUAAAAACAAAAAUAGUCCCUGGUAAUUCACUUCCUUUG